CGCGGGGCCGUCGGGCAGAGCGGCGGCGCGGGAGCGGCUGGGAGACAUGUUCCGGGGCCCGGAGAGCGCGGACGGUGCUGCGGGCUCCAGGCCCACGCAGCCCCCAGGAGAAGAAAGUGGCCCAUGUGGCAGCACAGCAGAAGCCACUCCAGCAAGUCGGCCCAACAGGAUGGCGUCGAAUAUCUUUGGGCCCACUGAGGAGCCUCAGAGCCUCCCGAAGAGGACCAACCCCCCAGGAGGGAAAGGAAGCGGCAUCUUUGAGGCACCAGCACCCCUGCAGCCUCGACAGCGCUUGAAUCCACCAGGGGGCAAGACCAGCAACAUCUUUGGGUCCCCCGUGGCUGCUGCUGUGCCCUUGGCACACCCCAACAAACCCAAGGACCAUGCAUUCAUGUGUGAAGGUGGUGAGCCGGAGCCGGAGCCAACAGCUGCAGCCAACUCGGCCCCUGGAGAAGCGCCUGGUCAGGCAGCAGACAACGCAAGCCCUGCACCCACGCCCGAACUCGACAGCCACGAGCCCAGGCUGGGGCCCCGGCCACGCUCCCAUAACAAAGUCCUCAAUCCACCUGGAGGCAAAUCCAGCAUCUCCUUCUACUGAGGCCAGAAGCCCAUACUCCCUCCCCUGACCCAGACCUCACCUUUCAGAUGCCAGUGCUCCUGCUGUCAUUAUUGGGGGCUCGACCUCAUUAUAGAUGUUGAAGCCCAUUGGCUUCCCUGGUCUCCACCUCCACCUCUCCGCAGGCCCCAGCGUGAAGACCAGGGCUGGUGUGAGUGGGGGCCGGGGUGGCACAGCCUCAGUAGCACUCGGUGCUGUGGGGAGGGGCAGGCCAAAGGCAGGACCGUGGGGGUCUCUUGGGCGGCCCCCAGAGCCCAUGCUAGCUGCUGACCUCUGCACAUUGUUCUCCUGAGCCAUGGCCACUCACUCCAUCUGUUACUUUGCAUUGUAGCGGUCAGCAAAAGCCUAGCUGCUGGUCCCCUGGCCUGGUGCUGCAGAGGCCACCCUCUUUCCCAAGUGCCCCUGCCACUGGGCAGUGUAGCGCAGCCCCCACAGACUGGGUCUCUUUGAUGGUGGGAAGAAGCCAUGCUCUGGAUUGAACCCUCAAGGACCAGCUUCAUUUUGGGCUCAGGUGUCUCAUGCCUUUCUAGAAAAACCCCUUACUCAGGUACACAGAGAAGGGGAGGUUUGCUCAGGCUGCCCUGGGCCAUAGUCAGUGGGCCCCCACCCAGGAGGCCAUGGCCAGUAGACAGAGGCCUCCAUUUGGCGGACGGGAUUGCUUUCAUCUUCCAAAAGUGCCUCCAGUUGUGCUUCCCAGCAUUCCCAAAGCGGUCUGGUGGCCUGGCCGGUGAAACGGAGUGCCCCAAGCCACAGCCCGGCCCACCAUCAAGCCUGGUGCAGUUGGAGCUGCACCCAUGGGCAGCCUGUCUCCUCUCUGACAAGUCACGUGUUCCAAGUGAUUUCCAGGUGCUUCUGUUUUGUCCAGAGCAUUUUCAGGUGUCUGAGACCACCACACACUAGUUUCAACUUGGGACAUGGGGAUGCAGUCACAAGCUAUUGAUUCUAACUUUUCUUUCUUUUUUGGUUUGUUUUUGUUUGGGGGCCAUACCUAUUGGUUCUUAGGGGUUACUCCUGACUCUGAAUUACUCCAGGCAGUGCUUGGCGGAUCAUAUGUGAACCCAGAUUGGUCAUGUGCAAGGCUAAUGCCCUACCCACUGUGCUAUUGUUCCGGCCCCUAACUUUUCUUAAACACAACAAAAUGAUUAGGGGAUUCUAGAUUGAUCAAGACUCCUAACUCCUGCUGGCCUUACGGCUCCCCUGUCCCCGCGCCCCCCCCCCAUACACACAUUUAUUUUUCUAGUUACAUGAGAAAAAGUUGGCUCUCUGCACUGGCUGGGGUAGCCAUGGAAAUGGGGUUUGGAGAGGGAAUGAAGAAGGCGCGAGCUGGAGCCAGUGUCCAGCUGCCACAGGUAGGCCUCCCCCACUGCCGGGAGCCCUGUUCUGUCACCACCGCAUCAACCUUGUUGCUCCUUGGUUUUAUUAAGCCUUAAAACGUGUUCAUAGAUUUGGUGCCAACUCUUUAAGAACUAUACCAAAAACAAACCUGUGCUGUAAUCAGUAUAAUUUUGAUAGGAACAUCUUAUUUUUACAUUUUGUAAGCGUUGACUUUUUACAUGGCAGAAUUGGGUGAAACGGUUGAAAUAAACGUUGCAGUCGCUUCCUGGCUGCCUGGUCCAUGUGU